CGCCGCCGCCCACGAUAACCAUGGCUGAAGUUACUGAUCCUCAAGUCGCCGCCGACCUCAAGAAGAAGCGUACAUUCCGCACAUUCUCUUACCGAGGUGUAGAGCUAGACAAGCUGUUGGACAUGAGCAAUGAAGAUUUCGUUGAACUCGUGCAUGCCCGUGCCCGCCGUCGCUUCCAGCGCGGUCUCAAGCGCCGCCCAAUGGGUCUCAUCAAGAAGCUCCGAAAAGCCAAGAAGGAGGCACCUCCUAAUGAGAAGCCCGCGGUAGUCAAGACCCACCUGCGUGACAUGAUCAUCGUGCCGGAGAUGAUUGGGAGUGUUGUGGGCAUCUAUAACGGAAAGGUCUUCAACUCUGUUGAAAUCAAGCCUGAGAUGACUGGUCACUACCUCGCCGAAUUUUCGUGCUCAUACCGGCCCGUCAAGCACGGUCGCCCAGGUAUUGGUGCGACACAUUCAUCCAGAUUCAUCCCCCUCAAGUAAAAAGUACAUACCGGGUUAUAUCAUAUGGCUCUUUCCCUUUGCAUGUCUUUUUUUUUACGAUUGUCCUACCACAAAAUAACAUCAUGCAUAUGCGCA